AUGUAUUGGUGUCGACACAUUAUUUUGAUUAUUAGGAGAUUUUAUUCGAAUAAUGCGUUAGAUUCCUUGAAAAUAACACCAAAAGAUAAUGCUUCCGCCAUUUAUGCCGUGAAAAAGUAUAAAAAUCUACCGCAAAUUGUGACACCGAAUGCCUACAAAUUGCAACUGAUUGAUUUGCUUGACAAAUAUCCAUAUUUGACCCAAAAAGAUUCAGUUGAGCUUCUAAGACUGUUAAAUGAUUUAUCAGAAUUUCAUUUGCACCUUGGCGAUAGACAAAGUCUUGCUUUGAAAUCAUUCUUACAACAUCUAACCGAUGGCAAUAACCCUAAUCGAAUGAAAAUUUUGGCACUAAAGGUGUACAACAAGUUAGUAAAUGAUGAACCAUCAUUUGUCACAAGAAGUACAAUCUAUUUGUUUAUUAGCUCAAAUAUUGACAAUGAAUCACUAGAAUUAGAUGACCAAUUGGAACUAUUACAGGUGCUAAACAAAGCAAAAGAGAAAACUUUGAAUACAGAUUUAAAGAUUUUGGAGGAUGAAAUUCAGUGUCUCGUUGUAAAUCUAUUCCUAAAUGGUAAAUUUGAGUUUAUUGACAAACACAAUUCAGAUUUUGUCAAAUGUAUAAAAUUUGUUCAUCUAUUUCACAAACUAUUUCAUUCUGCAAAUGACAUUGUACAAUAUGGACUCAACAAACUAAUAAUACACCUAGACAAACAUAUUGAUCCAUUGGGCAAACAACCAAUAAUUGAGCUUAUAGAUAUGAUAUCACACACAUUUCCUUCAAAUUAUCGCAAUCAUUUAAGGAAAUUGUGUGCCAAACUAGUACAGUACAAGAAAGAGCUGUCACAACAGCAAUUUCAGCAGUUAAAAAACUUACUUAGCAAUGCAGAUUACACCCACGAUUUUUUUAACCCCAAAUAA